GCCCUUCCAUUACCAUCACAGUACUAGUUACAUUUUCUAUCUUCCAACGCACGCAGAGCCUCGCAGACUUUGAGAUAAUCAUGUCUGUCUAUGAACCGGACGGGGUACGCAAACUGCUGUCAAUGCUGGAGCCAAAAGACAUGCAGAAAAAAUUCGAGGCAAACUGGAAAGAUGUGGUAUGCACUGGCAUACAGAACUUCACAUAUUGACAUUGACCGAGUGCAUGACCCAUCCAAGACCCAGGCGCCAGUGUGAAUGGGAAGCUGAAGUCAUUGAGUACAUCAACUAUAUCUCAGAGAAGACACGAAUACAAUCAGCGAAAUCACUCAUGCGACCAUGCCUGGACAGCAGGAUUCCAAUACUUGGCCCUCACUUUUUGCCACCAUCCUAUCUCCAUGCCCAAAAGCGCAAUCAGUCCGAGCCUCCAGUUAACCCAGAGGUCUUGUACUUGAAGCCUCUUCGUGUCGUACAUCCAUUCUACCACCCCGAGCUUGCAAGAUGUCCACAGUGCAAUUGUACAGAUGGUGUUUCGUGGGAUGGGUGGACUGGGACCGGUCCUCGAGAUGUCCAUGGAUUAAUGCUUGAUGAGGCAGCGAUAGGCAUGCAGCUCCGCUGCGAGACUUGCAAAAAUGAUGCGUCAAGCAAGAAGGGUCUGGAAAGCGAGUGUGAGCGUGACGACAGGAAGACGAUCAAAGGACACUGCUUCGCAACAACAAGCCAAGACUUCUGGCGCAAUUGGUCCCACUGGUCCAUUCCAGGUGAGCUUGAUCAAGUUUGGCAAUAUUUUUCUACAGAUGUGUUUCAAAAAGAACUUCAUUUGCUUGAGUACCACAGGCAGAAGCUGGAUUACCUUCAAGCUUGGAAAUCACGUCGAAUGACACAACAUGGGAUGGAUUUCUUCAGCCCAAAUCCACUUUGGGCGUUCUUGGGUCCUUACGACGUAAAAGAGUACAAUGCGAGGCCGAUCUCGCAUGACAUGGUCAGCGAGAUCUUCCAGGAGUUUGUGUCAGUAACGCGGGAAAGGGAGUCUGAGGAAUAUCAUGAAUGCUGAACAGGCAUAAGUAUUUUGUUCGAUAACACAUUCCGUGCCACCACAAAAGCAAUCAUAACCAGCCGAGAGAAACAGAAGUUGAAGGUCCUGAAGGGAGGGAUCAUAAGUCUGAUGAAUGAGAAUGGUGAGAUUGUGGGCUGGGUAGGCUAUUUUCGCAAAGUG